GAGCGCCGCCGUGUCCACUGUAUUUCGCACUUCAGCUGCUCCCGUUUCAACAUUAUACUCGGUUUUGAUCGCAUCAGAACAGAGUGAAGAUGAUGGAAGAGAGUGGUAUAGAGAGCACACCACCCGCUACCCCUCCACCUCCAUCUACAGUGGUUGCCAGUCCUCCACCACUCACCAGCGGUGCCACUCGUCCUCAAACUGUCCCUAGUCCUUCUGGCAUCUCUGCUUUUACCCCAGGAGAUUUUUCCAGCCCUGUUCCCUCAGUGGCUUUAACUUCCACGCUGCCACCCAUGCAGUCUUCUGUUCCUCCUCUCCCUCUCAGCUCAAUAUCAUCUCCGCUGGGUCUGAGUGGUCCAUAUGGCAUCCCUAGUGCUUCAUUUGCCUCUCCAGCUGCCGGUCCUCCACUCAGCACCGGUCCCCCUCUGGGCCCGGUUCUCUCUGCCCCUCCAAUGGGCCCUCCCACCACUGGCUUCUCUGUUAGCGGAGGAUAUGACAUCACCCGUGGCCAUGCAGGGCGCACACCUCAGACGCCAUUGAUGCCCAGUUUCUCCAGUGCCUCACCUAUGCCAGGGAUUGUUACUAAUCCCAUGAUGCAGCAGCCAGUGUCUGGAGGGUUAGAUGUCAGCUCACCCAUUACAUUUCCUGAGGAUGUUGAAGAUCCCAGAGUCACUCCGGACAGCAACGCACCUGGUGGAUUAUGGGGCUUCAUCAAGGGUGUUGCUGGAAACCCAAUGGUCAAGACCGUCUUGGAUAAAACCAAACACUCUGUGGAGUCCAUGAUCACCACGUUGGAUCCUGGGAUGGCACCUUAUAUCAAAUCUGGAGGAGAUGUGGACAUUGUUGUGACGUCAGAUAAGGAAGUGAAGGUGGCAGCGGUACGGGAUGCAUUUCAGGAGGUGUUUGGUUUGGCCAUGGUGACAGGAGAAGCCGGUCAGUCCAACAUUGCCCCACAGCCAGUGGGAUAUGCUGCAGGGGUCAAGGGAGCUCAGGAGCGCAUUGACAGUCUUCGCCGUGCUGCUGUUAUUCAUGAGAAGCAGCCUGUGGUCUCUGUGGAAAACUUCAUCGCUGAACUCUUUCCAGACAAGUGGUUUGAUAUAGGUUGUCUGAUCUUGGAUGAUCCUGGAUAUGGGAUUCACAUUGAGACAUUCACCCAGGCUACACCUGUGGCCCUUGAGCAUGUACAGCAGGCGCAGUCACUGACUCCUCCAGAUUACAACCUCCGCUGGUCUGGUCUUCUAGUGACUGUUGGGGAAGUUCUGGAGAGAAAUGUGCCCAAUGUCAGCCGCACAGAUUGGCAUCAGGCCUUCACGGGAAUGUCUCGCCGACAGAUGAUCUACUCAGCCGCCAAAGCUCUGGCUGGCAUGUACAAACUACGUUUGCCCUCCAGGACAGUGUGAAUGACGAAUGCCAUUAAUUACAGACCACAGAUUCUUACAACGUCACACUUCCAGCUCGAGGUGUUCUGUGUCUUUUUUUCAUGUGUCAUCAUGAGUUUUGGCUUCAGGUCUGAAAUAAACCAGUUACAGGGCAGUAUAACUGUAAUCUAACUUUUAAAUUAUUGAUUGAAUAUUUUUUCCAUUGAUUGCAUUCGAGUUGGAUUGGUAUUAAAAAUUGACCACAAUAUCCCAAUCUGAUGUAAAUAGUUGAAUAUGAAACGCGUGUUGUGCGUCAUGAUCUAAUUUCAUACAGAGUGACAUCCUUUAGAAUAUUCAUAUCUCACCAAGGAAAUGAUGACUUUCUGUAUGCCAAUGUAUAACACUUUCGUUUAAGUUUACAAUCAAAUACAUGGAGGAUUUUAAGGAUAGCUAAAAUUCUUAACAUUGUGAAUAUAUUGUUUUGAUGUUACGGUUUGGAGUUCAUUUUGUAGCAUUUCUCUUUAGCUGAACUGCCGUUACAGAAGUGUGUCUGCACGUUUGUUUCUUUUAUACCUACAGCAGGUCUAUGUUAGCUAAUGUUUACUGCUUUCAGAUUAAGAGAAUCACCAGCUUUGCUGCAUAUGUAAACAAACCAACUUCUUUAAAUGUUGUUACGUUAAAAAAACCUGACUAUAUAUGUUCUAUGGAUAGGUGUUUCCGAUGAUUCACUCAGAGUGACGCAGGGCACACCUGAGCAUGACCUCUGAGUUGACAGCUGUUGUGUAGCACAUGAACAUAUAUACUAAAUGAUUGCUGUCAAAGCCAAAGCUGUCAUGGACUGAAGGAGUUAUUGAAAAGUGUAAACUGCCUUUAAACUGUUUAUAUGUUUAUAUUUCUAGAACAACUGUGGAUGAUUUUAUUUCAUGGCAUUUUACAGAUGUGCCUUUGACCAGCAGAUGAGUAAAACAUUUUGUAAAGCAUCAUGUUCUAUUUUCCUUUUUUUAAAUUUCCUUUUUUAUUGGUGUAUGCUUAUUUUGUCAUUUCAUGCAUUAAAAUUUUACUUUA